GGAGGAUUGUGCCGGGAGGCAGAACUCAAGGACUGGUCCUUGGAUCAGAGAAGACCAGCUCUGGUCUGGGGAGGAAUGGGAGGAGGCUUGAGCCCAGCUCCUGCCUCCCCUACCUUGCUCGGCAUUGGGCUGGGAAGGGGGCCAGAUCCAAAGGACAGAAGCAGAAAGCACACGAAACCUGGGAGCCUGUGAUGCCAGAUCCCGCGUGGGCCCUGCGGGAGUUUUGGGGAGCAGGGCUCUUAACCAGUGGGCCCUGGCCUCAGGCUGCCUCAGGAAGCCAGGCUCAUGGGGUCUGCUGGGGGCAUGGCAAGUAGAACCCUGGCCCUGUGUGAGGUGAGGCAUGGUUGCCAGGUGACUGUGCCUGGGCAGCCACUCGCCGUCAGAAGCACUCUGCUUGCUGUGCUCACCCCUCAGCUGUGGCCACCCUGGUGCCACUCCUUCCCUGGCCACCAUGUCACGGCAGCUCAACAUAGACACGUUACGGCAGAACUUCUGGAAGGAGGAAUAUCUGAGGGAAAAGAUGUUGCGCUGUGAAUGGUACCGCAAGUAUGGGUUGAUGGUGAAGGCCAAGCAGAAGGCUAAGGCCGCAGGCCGCCUGCCCCUCAAACUGCCCACCCUGCACCCCAAAGCCCCACUCUCACCCCCACCCGCCCCCAAGUCAGCCCCUUCCAAGGUGCCCAGCCCUGUCCCAGAGGCGCCUUUUCAGUCGGAAAUGUACCCGGUACCACCUAUCACCCGAGCCCUGCUGUAUGAAGGCAUCUCCCACGACUUCCAGGGGCGCUACCGCUACCUCAACACUCGAAAACUGGACAUGCCAGAGACGCGAUACCUCUUCCCCGUCACCACCAGCUUCACGUAUGGCUGGCAGCUGGGCCCCCCAGUGAAGCAAGAACUGGUCUCCUGCAAGAUGUGCCGCAUUGAGUCAUUCUUCCGCAAGAACGGGGCCUUCGCACUGCUUGAUCCCCGAGACCUGGCCCUCUGACCGUGGGCCAGGUGUGGGCUUAGGGGAGGGAAGAAGAAAUAACAGGCCUCCUGGUGGGGCAAAGCUG